AGCAGCAGCAGAAAGAACCCCACCCACUCCCCCCCUCCCCCCCCAGCAGCAGCAGCGCAGCAGCCUCCGCAGCAGCAGCAGCGCAGCAGCAGCAGCAGCAGCAGCAGCAGCAGCAGCGGACGGGUUCGAGCAUCCAGAGGCUCUGGAUUUGGCAGAGGAGGUUGAUGGCGAUGUGGAGAAAGCCUCCGUGGAGGGUUUAGGGUUUGUGGUUUCACUCCCAGAAGAAGAGCCAGAGGAGGAGUGCGGUGGUGCUGAUGCAGACGACGAUGCAGCAGCAGCAGCAAAGAGAGCAGCAGCAGCAGCAAAGAGAGCAGCAGCAGCAGCAAAGAGAGCAGCAACGGCAGCAGCAGCAACAGCAGCAGCAACAAGACACCCUCUGAGCGCAACAGGAGAAGGCGUCGCCUCGCCCUCCCCCGAAGCAGCAGCAAAUGCAGCAGCAGCAGCAGCAGCAGCAGCAGCAGCAGCAGCAAAGACAGCAGCAGCAGCAGCAAAGACGGCAGGAGCAGAACCGCAGCAACAGCAACAAAACCAGCAACAGCAACAACGCCAGCAACAGCAGCAACAACAGCAACAGCAGCAACAACAGCAGCAGCAGCAACAACAGCAGCAGCAGCAGCAACAACAACAGCAGCAGCAGCAACUGAGUCGGCCCCGCAGACACCGCUUUUAA